GCACUUUUUUGACAUUGACGGCUGCCUCACUUCGCGAUCUCCGAUCACCCCCUGAGUCAUUAUUGUACAACACUGCAAACCAUGGGUCCGUCUACCAGAGCCGCUACCAAGGCUGUUCAGAAUGGCAUCUCAAAGUCUGCCUCUCCAAGCAAAGCCAUCAGCCGCCCUGUCGCAAAUUCAAAGCACAAGGUCGUGAAGCGAGAGACCAAAUCUCACAAGACCAAGCUCGACAACAAAACAAAAGAAUCAAUCGUGGCAACAACAGCGAUCGACUCCAAAUCAACACCAGUCACAAAUGAUGACAAUCUCGCCAACAAGAAGUGGACUUCUUGGUCUGCUCACUCAAGCGCAUCACCAUUCCCAACUUUCGCUCAUCCAACAGCUCAAGAAUGCAAAGCCGCUCAUACCAUUCUACACAAAAUGCACCAUGAAGCCGUCGCCAAAGAAUUCGCAGACCCCGACACCCCAGAGACGAUAGCCAAUGUACUGGAUGCGAUGAUCAUCGCCGUCCUCUCCCAAGCAACCUCCUGGUCAAAUGCAAAACGCGCAAUGGGAGGUCUCCGCAGCACCUACGGCGACCUCUUCGCCUACGACGCCAUCUUAGCAAAAGGAGACGAAACACUACAGCAAGCCCUCCGCCCCGGCGGCCUACACAUCCGCAAAGCCAAAAUCAUAAUGACUAUUCUCAAACAAGUGCAGGAAACCAACGAUGCAUCUUGGGAUCUCAACUACAUUAUCGAUCUACCCAAUGAGCAAGCUAUGGAAAAGCUACUCCAGUUCAAAUACAUCGGGUCUAAAUCUGCCGGUGUGGUGUUAUCUUGGUGUUUGAAGCGAACGGUGUACAUCGUGGACACGCAUUGUUACCGUAUUGCCAAGCUAUGGAACUGGACGCCCAAAGAUGCGACGGUGGAGAAAACACAACAGCAUUUGGAUGCGAAGAUUCCGACGGAACUGAAAUUUGAUCUGCACUUCUUGAUGAUUGCACAUGGAAGGACGUGUCCGGUCUGUAGAGGUGGAAGUAAGGUCGGAGGGUUGUGUGAUGCGCAGAAGGAAAUCAAGACUUUGUUGAAGAAGGAAGGGGCUAAGAAAUAGGAGAAGUCGGGGAGGGCAUGGCUAGGGAUUUCGACGUGCCAGAGUCCACUCGAUCACCCGUCUGUAUCUCUGUCUUUGAUCCGGUCAAGUAGGCUCCCAAGUCCAUGACUACAUAAAUCCUACAACAAAACAGUAUACACUUCGCAUACCACGAUUACAGCAAGAGGGUUAACGCGUAAGCAAAAAGCGGGAAGCAAGGGAGUAAACAAAGAGACAUGAUAAAUUUCUUCUACGUAGGCAAUGUUAAGUAUAAAAAUAGCUACCCAC